AUGUUUAUUUUAAUGUUGAUUAUAUUAACAUAUGCGUAUAAAUGUGUGACGGCUGACUUCGACCGUCAUAAUUAUUGUAAGUAGUACGGACUGACAACACUGUAAGUAUAUACGUGGUUGAUACAAAAUAAAUUAAAAAAAAAAGAAAAGAAAAAAAAAGGUGUGGAGUAUCGGUGGGGGGGAGGAUGGGAGGUAGGGAAGCAGGCAGUACGUUAAUGCGCGUUUAUUAAAUGCGUGUACACAUCGGGCUGUAUACAUAUUUAGAUGAAUUUUUUUUUUUUUUUUUUUUGCAUUUAUCAGAUAAAUGCAUAAACUAUAUUUAUGAUACUUGUAAGCACAUCAACCAACGUACCUUUAAACGAAAAGAAAAUGAAAACAGAAAAACACAAGACCUUUGAAGAUAGGCAGGCAAGCAGACAAUGUAUGUGGUGCAUAUAUGUGCAACGAAUUUUCAAAAACAAAACUAUAUUCGCGUUAAAAAUUUAUACUUGAGUGAAAGACUGAUUCACAGCUAAAUAGGACCGCAUUAUUUUUUGCCACAGAUCAUAGGGGUGGAUGAUCCGCUAUCUGACAUUUUUGUGAAUCAAAAACAAAAGGAAAAGCAAAAGCAAAAACGACAAAUACGUUAAUGCAAUUAUAAUUUGUAUAGAUUCCUUAUUGCCAAGUCCUAAUCUCUAUGACUCUCCCUCUCUCUGAUUAGCUUUUACUUAGUUGAAUGACUUAAUGAAUGGAAUAUGAAAAAGCAUUAUGAGCGAGUUGUCUCUUGUUGUUUAUUUUCCAGUUUGUCGGCAUAUUUGUUUUUAAAAGGCAAUCCGAGAGUGCCUUAAUUUCAUAAGUAGCACACGGGAUAAUCAAUUUAAUAUACGUCCAAACAAGCGGGGAUAAGACGACAGAAUUUUGAGCCGCACACAAACAGAAUUACAAAAAAAGUAAAAAAAAAAAAAAAAAUAAUCGGCAUCGUUGUGUCGGCUAUAGUAGAGUUGGUGAGGACUGCGGUGGCGAUGACAACUGCACACUCGCAUAUACAAAUAUAAAGACGCAAUGGCAGAAAUAAAUUUUCGCGCAAUGAAUUUAAAAUAGUUGCAUUUUCCUUAAUAUACAGGAUAAAAAUAGAAAAUGCAGAAAAAAAGGAAAAAAGAACAAAUAAAUAAACGAAAAUAUCGCCUACAUUUAGAAAUAUUUAAGCAGAAAACUACAAUAACUAAACAACAUGUUAAGAGAGUAUAGCGCUAAAUACGACGGUUCGGUUUAAAACGAAUUUCAAAUACAAUGUGUUGGACAAAACCAAUAGAGAGAGAGGGAGAGAGUGAGGAGCCAUUUCUCGCAUUUAAUUGAAUUGAACAGAUUACAAACGAUAUCGGUACAAUUUCGAUAUAUUUUAAAUUUCAAUUCAUUUUAUUAUCUUAAGCAUCGUUUUAAACGUCCAGGAAAUGCAAACUCAAGCCUUCAAAGAGCAUACGUUUGAUUAGCAGCAAGCUUAGCAAUGCCUUAGCCUAGCUUUAGUUAGUGCAAAGACAAAUAUUUCUAAUUCAUUGAAGCGAUUGUUCCCAUUUUAAGAUUGGCCAUAAAAAGAACAAAUACGUGAAGAAAAUAUUUCUACUAUUGAUUAUAUUUCUGAGGUUUACGGUUGUGUUGUGUUAAAAGGAGGAUGACGGAAACUAAUAGUCCCUGGCAAAACGUACAAGGGGAUUGAAGUUUCCGUAUUAAAAAAUUUGCUCAAUACUACAUGGAUCGCAGAAAUGGCGGCGAUCCUUUGGCGCCUCCUCGGCCCCCUAAAUUACUACCUCGAGUUCAUCGUCCUAGGGCUCCAGAGCCAGCGAUGUUGAGUGAAUCAACAGCAACAAUAACAUCAACCACAUACACAAGAACAACAGCAGCAGAUUCUGCUACAUUAGACACACCUCAAUGUACAAAUCAAACACAAUUAAGUAGGAAUAAUAAUAACAAUUUGAGUCAAGAGCAACAACGGCAUCAUAAUAGUAUUAAUAGUACAUCAUCGACUGAAUUAGCACUACCACCAGCAACAGUAGCAAGUAGAGCAACGGCAACGGCUACUAUAGCAACGUCAUCAUUACCACUUGAUAAUAGCAUUAAAUAUAAUAAUAAUAAUAAUAAUAAUAAUACGAACAGUAGACAUAGUUACAAUAGCAACACAUAUAAUAUUAGUAACGUUGAGCCAACGCCGUCGCUAAUACUGCAGCAUCAACUGGAUGAUUAUCAAAUUCAUCAUUUAACGUUCCUGCCUCAACGACCGCCUAGCUUGAGUAGGAAUAAUAGUCACGUCAGUUCGUCGUCAUCGACAUCGUUAAAUACAGUUAGUAACUCCUUUACGCGCAGAAGACCACCACCGUUAUUGGUUCCCGAGACGACGACGGUCCCAUUGCUUACUAUUACUGGCAAUAGUAGCAGCAAUAGUAACUUUCUUAGUCAUUUCCAUAGUGUCGAACCAGUAUCUACUUCACCAGUCACGCUGGCGCAACCUCGACCUGAGUCUGAACGACUCGCUAAUGAGUAUGUGGACACGCCUCUGCGCACAGCGCAACAGUUGCAAACAACGUCACGCACCCAACAUCCGGCUGGCGAGCAUAACAAUGGUCAAACGACGACACAUCAUUUGCUACUGUUACCGCAACGCGAAUUGCGACAGCAACAGCAACAGCAGCAACAACAACAACAACAACAGCACCAACAUUCGAACCGUCUGGCGGAAACUGCAGGUUCAGUCAACGUUUCGACGGGAAUCGAUGGAACGGAUGGAUUCCUACAUUCGCACCAGCAAUAUAAUAUACAUAAAGCACCAGUGCAUUCGUCGCCGAGCGCGAUAAUGAGGCCGGGUAAAAUAUCACCAACAAAUCUUACAACACCCGCCAUCCCAUCAAUUACUCAGCCAAUCACAAAACAACCCGCCUCGUCAACCAAUUACAAUAACACGUGCAAAUUUGCAAAAGAACUUCCAGCAUUAGAUGAUUUACUCGACUUACAUAAUAUCGCAACGGGCAUCUCAACACCACAAGGCAUUGUAUCGGCUGUCAGUGGGGCGAGUCCACUAGGUGCACCUAUUAUCAUUGCUGGCAAUGGCAGUGAAGGUCCAUCUUCACUUAAUCCCAUUACGUGUCCGCAAUGCGAUCGUUGUCGUUGUGAGCAAUGCCAAAGUCCUCGUCCGCUACCGCAGACUUGGGUAUGCAAUAAAACCUGUCUCUGCAGUGCAGAAUCUAUCAUUGACUACGCAUCAUGUCUAUGCUGUGCAAAAGCACUUUUCUAUCAUUGUGCUCGAGACAACGACAUGGAUUGUGACGAUGGCUCUAGCACACCCUGUGUGGACAAUCCGUGCUCUUGUGGUCCUUACAAGAGAUCGCAAAGGUGGGGCUGGCUGGGCGCAUUAUCGCUUGUAUUACCAUGUCUGUGGUGUUACUGGCCAAUGCGUGGCUGUGCAACUAUUGGCGAGAAGUGCUAUGGUCGAUUUGCAAGACGAGGAUGUCGAUGUCAACAAAUCGGUUCAACAUCAAGUAUGCUACCCAUCACGUCGCCGCUUUCGGUUAAUGGUAACAAUGUUUUGAUAUUAAGCAAUGCGGCCAACAUGCAAGCAAACAACAAUGCCACCUCAAAAUCUGUGGAUCAUCACAGUGAUUGUAAUGCCAAUGCAAGUCGGAUUCUACGUAAAGGUGAUCUAACACCGGAAAAGCGUUUACUCGACUCAAAUGCCGAGUAUUAACGCCAAAUCCUAGGCUACACACGUAUAGCAGCAUUUACGCGUAAACAUGCUAGAAUCACCCGCUCAACUUCGAAACGUUGUGUCUAUGAAGAGCAUGUCAUUAUCAAAAAAACAAAUAAUAAUAAUGAAAUAAAUAAAUAAAUAAAACGUAUUUAAUAAAAAAAUAAAAAAAAAAAACAACCUCGAAAACAAUAUUUCUUGCAUUAUCAAUCGGAGAAAUCUCUUUUUUUUCCAAAGAAG